AGGGCACGCGUGUUGGUGACGUGUGCGCGGAGGUGCGGUGCACGACUACGGGUGUGCUGGUGCGGUACCGCGGCGACGACGAGUGGUAUCCUUGCCCUGAGGACGGGGUGCUUCAGCCGAGAGCGACCUUCUCCAGCGGCGGCAUUGUGUGUCCCAAGUACGACGAAGUGUGCACAGUUGCCCCUGACGGGAGCAGUCGUCUUUCUAAGCCGACCAGCCCUGAGUCAAAGAAGAAAAGAAAGACUAAACGGAAGAGAGUUAGUCGUACAAGUAAGAAGGAAACGCAGGAAAGCGAAGUUACCGCUGAUACUGCACUGCCCAAUUCGCUCGACGACGAGGAGGAAGAGGAGGAGAAGCCGGUGGUGGAUGGUGGGACGGAAAAGCGCCAGAGGGAAGCAGAAGGGACCAGCAGCGCAGAAGACACCGAACAGUAUGAAAUAAAACGUAACUCCGACGGCAGCAUUGCGGCUGCUCUGCUAAUGUCGGUUCUGUUUGUGUUCAUCGCCACCUCAGUUCUUAUGGCUCCCUGA